AUGGACGGUCUCUUCGCCCUCGGCUCCAAUGGGUCGGGCCAGCUGGGCCUGGGUCAUCGCACCGACGUCUCCGUGCCGAAGCCCGUCCGCUUUGACCCCCCCCUCGACGACACCGAUGAGGUCGUUUGCGUCGCCGCCGGCGGGAACCACACCAUCGCGCUCACCCGUGCCGGCUGCGCGUACUGGGCUGGUGACCCGUCGACCGGGGCCUGCGGCGUCGUCCGGGAGAGCUCCGGCUCCGGGUCUGGCGCAGACACGUCGUCCGGAUUCCACGCGCUCGCUCUCGACCCGGGCGCGGACAGGGACGGUCAGCGCCUCCGCCACGUCGUCUACGCCGCCUGCACGUGGGACGCCUCCGUCCUCGCGCUCAGAGACGACGAAGAUGCAGUGACGCAAGUGUACGUGUGUGGCGGCGACAUGACGGUCGCUAUUGCAGAUACGUCUGUGACGGAUCUGACUACCCUUGGAAUGCCACUCUUACUCACCGACUUCCCACCACCUGGCACGCAAAUCGUGAGCCUGUCCGCGGGGCUCCGUCAUGUCGUCGCCGUACUCGAUAACGGCGACGCGUGGGGGUGGGGUGCGGCACACAAGGGGCAGCUAGGCGAGGAGGAUGCCGCGGUCAGGUCCAACCCCGGUCCCGACUCGGGCUCCGGCGGCGCGAUCGUCAAGCGCCCCCGCAAGAUAGGUGGGGUUCCGUUUGCAGUGGCCGCUGCGGCCUGCACACAGCACGCGACAUGUCUCAUCGCCGCGCCAGGCGACGGCCGAGUCCUUGUGCUUGGCGCAGACGGGAGAUGGGCCCUACGGACGGGAGCGCCUACCGAGGCGCCCGACUGGGCCGCCCUCGCCGCCGGCUGGGGGGCUGUCUACAUUCUGAGGCGCGGUGGUACCCUCCUCGCUUGGGGUCGCGACGACCACGGCCAGAUGCCGCCCCCCGGGCUUCCCGAGCUCGAACGGGUCGUUGCCGGCAGCGAGCACGUCGUCGCCCUGACGCGAGACGGUAACGUCCUGUCGUGGGGUUGGGGCGAACAUGGCAACUGCGGACCGACGACUGCCGGGCAGUCCGGAGACGUCAAGGGUCGCUGGAACGUGCUCGCUUCGGUGAAGAACUUGCCUGAGGGGUCUAGUAUCACGGCCAUCGGGGCUGGAUGCGCUACGAGUUGGAUUAACAUUGCGAUGGAGGGUAUAUUUCUUUGA